AUAGCAUUGUGGAAAAAGGAUAAGUAGGGUCAAGAAAGAAACUUUCAAGGGAUGAUUUUCCAAAACUCUGCUGCUUCAAAGCUAAAUCAGUUUGGAUGCUGACUUCUUACCUUAAAUGUUGUCUAUUUUGCUGAUCCAAUGCACUUACUUUUUUCUGUUGAAGCUAACAGAAUAUAUAUCUAAAAAUAGAUUCUUCAGCCAUCACAGCUUUUCUUGUUUUGAUUACGAUCACAACAUAGCCUCGUUCGGGUUUAAAUUGGCGUACGAGGCGCAUAAUCUAGCAAAAAAAAAAAAAUGGACUCGCAUUACGCUGCUCGUAAAAAAGUGCUGCUUUUCUCUCUCGUUACAUUCUGCACUUUCUAUAAUUGUUAUGCAAGUGUGGUCAAUGCAAGUCAAACAGCAUGGUUGUCCGUAAACGUGUCAGACAGUCGUGUUCGAAAAAUACCGCACACAAUGUUUGGUUUGUCGUUUGAGGAGAUCAAUCACUCGGGUGCUGGUGGAUUAUGGGCAGAGCUUGUUAGCAACAGAGGUUUCGAAGCCGGGGGUCAGAAUAUUCCAUCGAAUAUUAGUCCUUGGUCCAUUAUAGGCGAUAAGUCAUCGAUACUUGUAUCAACCGACCGUUCAUCGUGCUUCGAUAGAAAUAAAAUCGCACUUCGAAUGGAGGUUUUGUGUGACGGAAAUGGUCGAAAUAUUUGUCCGGCUGGAGGAGUUGGAGUUUACAACCCUGGAUUCUGGGGCAUGAAUAUUGAGCAAGGAAAGACGUAUAAAGUUACCUUUUACGUUCGUUCUUUGCAACCAAUGGAAAUGUCUGUAUCUUUCGUUGAUUCGAACGGAUUGCGUACGCUAGCCACAGCUGAUAUAACAGAUGGUAAUGUAAGAGAGUGGACGAAAAAGGAGAUUACGUUGGAAGCAAAGGGAACGGAUGCUAAUUCAAGAUUGCAAUUGACGACGACGAAAAAGUGUACUGUAUGGCUCGAUCAAGUCUCGGCUAUGCCUUUAAGCACACACAAGGGGCAUGGAUUUCGAAACGAUCUUUUUAACAUGCUUGCUGAUUUGAAGCCGGGAUUUAUCCGAUUUCCAGGCGGUUCGUUUGUCGAAGGAGAAUGGCUAGUGAAUGCGUUUCGAUGGAGAGAGAGUAUCGGACCAUGGGAAGAAAGACCUGGCCAUUUCGGAGAUGUUUGGCAAUAUUGGACCGACGAUGGACUUGGUUAUUUCGAAUAUCUCCAACUCGCGGAAGAUUUAGGUGCAUUGCCAGUUUGGGUUUUCAAUAACGGAGUCAGUCGAAGUGAACAAGUUGAUACUUCGAUCAUUUUACCUUUCGUUCGAGAUAUUCUUGAUGCACUUGAGUUUGCAAAGGGAGACCCCACUUCUAAAUGGGGUUCCGUUCGAGCUUCCAUGGGCCAUUCGGAACCGUUCGAUUUACGAUACGUUGCUAUUGGAAAUCAAGACUGUGGAAACAAGAAUUAUCACGGGAACUAUAUGAAGUUUUACGAUGCUAUAAAAGGGGCAUAUCCGGAUAUCAAGAUUAUAUCAAACUGUGAUGGUUCUGUUCAACGGUUGGAUGAUCCAGCGGAUUUGUACGAUUUCCACGUUUAUACGAACGCGAAUUCUAUGUUUUCGAUGGCUCACAACUUCGACCACACAUCAAGAAGUGGACCGAAGGCUUUUGUGAGUGAAUAUGCCGUGACUGGAAACGAUGCUGGCAGAGGAAGUCUUUUGAAAGCGCUUGCCGAAGCUGGCCUCCUUCUCGGACUAGAGACGAAUAGUGAUGUUGUUGAAAUGGCGAGUAAUGCUCCUUUGUUUGUGAAUGCGAACGACAUGAGGUUCACGCCAGAUGCAAUAGUUUUCGAUUCUUCGAAAGUGUAUGGUACUCCUACAUACUGGAUGCAGCAUUUCUUCAAAGACUCAAACGGAGCGACUCUUCUGAAUUCCAAACUGCAACCAAGUUCUUUAACUUCUCUUCUCGCAUCCGUUAUUUCUUGGAACAAUCCGGAAGAUAACAGAAGCUAUUUGAGGAUAAAGGUUGUGAAUUUUGGAAGCAGCGGAGUAAUUCUUAAUGUCUCGAUUAACGGAAUGGACCAGAGUUCUAUCGAAGCAGCAGGUUCCACAAUAACUUCACUCACAUCUCAAAAUGUGAUGGAUGAAAAUUCUUUCAAUCAACCAAAGAAGGUGGCUCCAAUCACAAGUCCACUAGGAAAAGUAAGCAACAAAAUGAAUGUUAUACUAGCUCCACAUUCUUUAACUUGUAUUGACUUGCUGAGAAAAUCAAACUUUAUAGAGGCUGUAGCAUCUGAAGAUCUCCAUACCUCAAUCUAAUUUAUUAUAUGAAUAAUUAUAUGCUUUUAUUUUUCGUAAUAUUUUCGAAAUAAUUCUCAA